AUGCAAUCUUUUGGCGAUAGUACUUUAUUCACUAGUCUAAAUGUUGAAAAAAAACAUAGAACUUUACAAGGAAAAAACGUAGACGGUGUUCUGCAGGAGAAAAGCGACAGCGACUUGGAUAAAUACUUUAAACAGAGUCUGUUGCUUUCGGAGUUUGGAAAAGAAGAUAACGGUGUGAAUAAGUCAAAACUGUCACAUUCUACAAAUAAAAAAAAUAUAACAAGGAAGGAUGAGUCUGACAUCGGAAAGUAUUUCGACGACAGUGUUACAUUUUUUAACGCUAACAGCGGCAAGAAUUUGUUAUCAACAUCAUAUACUUCGAAAAAGAAUAAAAUUCUCUCGUCCCAAAAAGAGAGGAGUUUUCAUAGAACAAACGGCAAAAGCACUAAUACGAUUUAUUUGAAUGAGAAACGUUCUCUUAAUAUUAUAAAAGAAAAUGAUGAACUUAAUACAGGACAGCUCCAAAAAAAUAAGUCUCAUGAUAGUGAGAGAAGUACAAUCAGUAACAACUAUAUAGCAACAUCAUCAGCUACUAAUUGCACAUAUGAUAAAGAAAGUUCAGGUUCUGUCUUGUCUUUGCCUCUUUGUACCCAAGAUCGAUGUAAACUGGCAUCUUGGGGUUUGCCACCAAAUAUUCUUCAGAAAUAUAUUGCUCGUGGAAUUGAAUCUAUGUUUGCAUGGCAAAUGGAAUGUUUAUCAAACCAUAAGGUAGUACAAGAGAAACAAAAUCUUGUAUAUUCUGCACCUACUUCAGCAGGAAAGACUCUUGUUGCUGAAAUUCUUCUAAUUAAGACUGUCUUAGAAAGACAGAAGAAAGUAAUCUUCAUCUUACCAUUUGUUUCUGUUGUUAGGGAAAAAAUGUAUUAUUUUCAAGACUUGUUGUCUGACAGUGGAAUAAGAGUGGAAGGAUUUAUGGGAGGUAUAGUGCCACCUGGAGGAUUUGCUGCUACUCAGGUCGCAAUAGCAACUAUAGAAAAGGCAAAUUCUUUGGUUAAUCGUCUAAUGGAGGAGGAUGAUCUAAGCAGUCUGGGAGCUGUAGUAAUAGAUGAAUUGCAUCUACUUGGUGAUGCCAAUCGUGGCUAUCUUUUGGAAUUACUCCUGACAAAAUUGAAGUAUAUGACUAUUCGCAACGACGAUAUCAAUAUACAGCUAAUCGGCAUGUCGGCCACAUUGCCAAAUUUGGCUUUGUUAGCCAAAUGGUUAGAUGCUGAAUUAUAUAAAACUGAGUUUCGUCCUAUUCCUUUGAAUGAAUAUUGCAAAGUAGGAACAAAUAUAUAUGAUAACAAGUUUAGUCUUGUUAGAAAAUUGGCAGUAUUGCCGGAAUUGGAAGCAGAUACGGAUAAUAUUCUUCAGCUUUGUAUCGAGACAAUAAGCGCCGGCCACAGCAUAUUAAUUUUCUGUCCUACAAAGAAGUGGUGUGAAAAAUUGGCGCAACAAGUCGCAGCAGCUUUCUUUAAAUUAGGUUGUGGAAAUACUACGUUUGGAGAAAUGUUGAAGAAGGAGAUCAAUUCUGAGUUAAUUCACGAAACUUUGGAGCAACUGAAACGCAGUCCAAGUGGCCUGGACAAUAUUUUGAAGAGCGCGAUCUCGUUUGGCGUCGCUUUUCAUCAUGCUGGUCUUACGAUGGACGAGCGUGAUAUCAUAGAAGGGUCUUUUAGAACUGGAUCCUUGAGAGUUCUUGUAGCAACAUCAACAUUAAGUAGCGGAGUAAACUUGCCCGCGCGAAGAGUGAUAAUAAGAUCGCCUAUGUUUGGUCCUAAUUUGUUGAAUACUUUAACUUAUAAGCAGAUGAUAGGACGUGCUGGUCGUAUGGGGAAAGACAGUGCAGGAGAAAGCAUAUUAAUAUGCAAGUCGACUGAACACAAAGCGGCAAAGUCGUUAGUUUCUGCGACUCUAGAUCCAAUCGAAUCUUGUCUCAACGAUUCCACACUGUUGAUCAGGGCACUUUUAGAAGCCGUAGCUAGCGAAGUUUUAUAUACUUCAGAAGAUUUAGACCUAUAUAUUAAUUGCACUUUGCUGAGUUUGAGUGAACAAUCUAAUGUACAAACUUUUUCCAGUAAUGCGAUUAAAUUCUUAUUGGACAAUGAAUUUUUAUUAUUACAAACCACAGAGAAAGAAUCUCGGUGGAUAGCGACAUCACUUGGAAAAGCGUGUUUGGCUGCUUCUGUACCUCCCAGGGAAGGAUUAUUUCUGUUCGAAGAGUUACAGAAGGCUCGAAAAUGCUUCGUUUUGGAUACAGAAUUGCACGUGAUAUACCUGGUAACACCACUCAGCUCCGGCAGUCAAAUUGAAACUGUUAAUUGGAUGACGUUUCACGAAUUGUGGAAUACGAUAACGGAAAGCGAGCGCAGAGUUGGAAGACUCAUCGGAGUAGAAGAACGCUUUCUGCUAUCAGCUAUUCGAGGGAUUGUUAAACCAGGAAAAUUGUUGAAUAUACAUAAGAGAUUCUACAGUGCGUUGGCACUGCAUGAGUUGGUGAACGAAGUUCCGCUUAACGUAGUUUGCAAAAAAUACGACUGUUGCCGUGGAGUAUUGCAGACUUUACAGCAGUCCUCUGCCACAUACGCUGGUAUGGUUACUCAAUUUUGCAAACAAUUGCGCUGGGACUGCAUGGAACUGUUGAUAAGUCAAUUUCAAACAAGAUUACAAUUUGGCGUUUGCCGAGAACUGCUGGAUUUAUUGCGCGUUCCGAUGUUAAACGGUUUGCGGGCGAGAAGUCUGUAUAAGCAAGGAAUAACGUGCGUAGCGGACUUGGCUGUUGCCAACGAGCUUAAUGUUGAACGCGCACUUUAUAACGCCCUUCCUUUUGAAAGUGAAAAAGAUUACGAAGGAGAAUAUGCGCUUGAAACAGAAAAGAGAAAUAAAAUAAGGACAGUGUUUGUCACUGGAAGAGACGGGCUCACACCGCAGCAAGCAGCAAUUUUGUUAGUUCAAGAGGCACGGAUGUUGGUUCAGAAAGAAUUAGGAUUCGAACAACUUCCGUGGGAACAAAACCAGCAAUCUCUCCAAAUAAAUACACAGGCAGGAAAUAUUAAAGAUAUACCCAGUACUCAAGAACAAUCUCUAGUGAGAAUGGAUAUAGAAAAGUACAAUUCAAAAUCUACAGAAAUAGAAAUAUCCGUCGCGAAAGAUUUGCUAAGUGAAAAGCCUGCGAGUAGUAAAAAUCAGAAGGAAUAUAUUUUAAACACCAGUGCGUCCAAAGAAACUGUCGAGACUGAAGUAUCUGAAGAGAAAACAGCUGCAUCACUUAUAAGCUUGGAGAAUGACAAAAAUGACAAAAAUUUGUCAAAUUUUCGUGAUAUAAGUCCUGAUAUAAUAAAGAACGAUGAGCAUUUAAACGAUUCUAGAGAGAAGAAAAAUUACCCUGUAAUUGAUAAUAGUAAUAAGAAAAGAAGAAACAAAGAAAACGACAUUAAUGAUGCAUCCAAUAAGAAAUUAAAAGUCUCCAGUUUCAAAUCAAGUCCAAAUCAAGUCAAAGAUAUUGAUGAGGGUCAGGCAGACAAAGAUACAAGUAUGUCUAUUCUGAAUACGCGUGCCAAAUCGUCAUCUUCGAGAAGUCCUAGUCUAUUCGACGAUAGUUUGAAUCUCGAUACUCAAAUGUUCGAUAUUCUCGAGCAAAAUAUCGUAGAUUUAUCUGGACUGGAGGACUCCAAUGCAUUCGAGAGCAAAUUGAACAUAGCAAAUACGUUGCAAAAAAAAUCUGCAGAUUCAAAUAGGGGCAGUGUGCAAAUGUGCAAUGAGAACAACUUAAAUGCGCGCAUUCCAGUAGAGGCGGCACAUUUACCAUUAAGGAACAGCGUAUUGUCGUGGGACGACGAUUCGUGGAACGAUUUCGCGGAAUUGCCGAAGAAGGUAAUUAGGAACAAUAAUCAUGAUACAAAGAAGGAGAUAUCUCAAGACAAAAUCAAAGACAUUGUGAAUACGAGUGCGUCCAUUAUUUCAAAAAAUACGAAAGCUUGCACGCAGAAUAACAAGGAAGAUCUACGCGAUACAGAUGUUAAAAAACAUGUUGCAGUAAAGGAAAAAGCGCCGCGAAAAGUUAAAUUGUUGAAUUUAUCGAGCACGCAAUCACCCGUAGCCGACGUAAUCGUUUUUAGGAAGGAACGAAAGAUAUCCGUUGAUUCCAACAGAUCUGACUCGGAUGAUAUCUUUCUUACUUCGCAGCUCUUUGAGUCUCCGUUCAGCAAUAGUAAGAGUCGAACGAAGUCGCAGUUGGAGAAAAGAAUACAUAAGAUACGUUCUCAGAAGCUUGCCGAGAAUACAGAGAAAGCAAAUAAUCGUGUAAAUUCUCCUAUGAAAGAAAUAUCAAGUGACGCGGUUAAAGAUAGCGCAAAGAAGAUGAAGCUAAAGUUGAAAGAAAUUUUGCCACGAGAUUUCGGCGUAGGUAGCAUUAUUUACGAUUCCGACGAUGAUGCAGUGGUCGAUUUAAAGCCAAUUUCGAGAGUUCAACGGCACGAGACACAGUUAAGUGUCUCAAAAGAAAAAGUAAAACCCAAGAUAGAGAUUGCGCGAUCCGAUAACAAUGUGGAAUUGUUGAGCGAAACAAUAGAUUGGAACACGUUAAACAUCGUGAAAGUUGCGAACAAUCGGGCGACUUUCAGUUUGUUCAAGCGCGAGGUAUUGAAGAGACGAAGCUUCGCAUUGGCCUUACAUUGUGAUACGUACGUGGAUAGUGCGAAUAACAUCGGAUCGAAGAUUUAUACGACUGACACGGAGAAGAAACGAAAAGCGAAGAAGUCUGUGAGUUAUACAUACGGAAGAAAAGAGAUUCGAGGUGUCGCGAUUUCCUGGGAAAGCAAUAUCGCGUAUUACAUCUCGCUCGAUAAUGCACAAGAUUCAAAAAUCUCUGCCAAAGAACAGAUGACUCUGUUGAAAGAGUUGCUUUCCGAUGCAGCUUUAUAUGUGAGAUGUUUCGCGAUAAAAGGCACGUAUAAACUAUUAUAUCGAUGCUGUGAAGUAUCGGCUAAAUGUAGAUUCCUCGAUCCGGUAAUUGCGCAUUGGUUAUACACUAAUGGUUCCGAGAGAAAUUUCAGCGAAAUGGUAUCGCAAUACUUUCCUCAAGGGAAUUUUAUAAUGAAGCGCACAAAUUCUUGUUGUAAUGUAGGCCCUGGGUUGGAUAUGCGAAAUUCUUUGCCAGGCGAGUUUAGAUCAACCGCAGAAGCCGUGCUCACGUGGCACAUGACAGAUAAUAUCAUGAGUAAAUUAGAAGAACUCAAUCCUGUGUUACUUCAUACGUUUAGAGAUGUAGAAAUGAGGAUUGCCACGAUUUUAGCUUGCAUGGAAUUAUCGGGUAUCGGGGUAAAUUUGAAAUCAUUGCAAGAGCUGUCAUCGGUUGUUUUAAACGAAAUGCAAUCUUUAGAAACAAGAGCUUACGAUCUGGCAGGUAGGAAAUUUAAUUUCUCGUCGUCCAAGGAAGUUGGACAGGUAUUGGGAUUGUAUAAAGAUAAGAAAGUCAGCACGAGCAAGGCAGUUUUGGAGAAGUGUGACAAUCCGAUAUCACGUCUCGUGAUCUCAUGGCGGAAAUUAAGCGCAACAAAAACAAAAAUUCUCUACCCAUUGUUAAAUCUGUCUCAAAAGGAUUCUCGUAUUCAUGGCAAUUGUCUAACUUGCACAGUGACAGGUCGAGUCUCAAUGCAGGAGCCAAAUUUGCAGAAUAUACCAAAGGAUUUUCGUUUCGAGGACAAUAAUGUCGUCGUGAGCGUAAGAAAGGCAUUCGUGCCGGCUCUGGGCAACGUGAUGCUGUCUGCUGAUUAUUGUCAGCUUGAAUUGCGUCUCUUGACUUAUUUUUCACAAGAUCCGGUGCUAUGUGAAAUCAUGAAGCAGCAGGGUGACAUCUUUAGAAGUAUCGCUGCUAAAUGGAAUAAUGUAACGGAAGAAGAGGUCACCAACGAGAUGCGUCAGCGCACCAAACAAUUAUGUUACGGUAUGAUUUACGGCAUGGGGGUGAAAUCGCUGGCUGAAAAUUUGUGUAUAAGCGAAGCCGAGGCACAGCACUUUCUAGAGUCUUUUAUGAGCACGUAUCCUGGCAUAUAUAAAUGGUUAGAUGACACGUUAGAGAAAGCACAUCAUGAUGGAUACGUGACAACGUUACUCGGAAGGCGCAGACAACUUCCGGAUCUGAGAAGUGCGAAAUCGUCUACAAGAGCGCAAGCGGAACGACAAGCUGUGAACACAAAAGUACAAGGCUCCGCCGCGGACAUAGUUAAGAAAGCUAUGAUAAUUGUAGAAGAAAGAAUCAGGCACAGCUUUCCGGACUCGACUAUGAUAUUGCCUGAGGUGCAGGACACCCGUAAGCUGAGGAGCAAUAGUCGCGAUAUGCUACAAAAUGGCGGCUACUUAGUUUUGCAAUUACACGACGAAUUGUUGUAUGAGGUAAAUUUAGCAGACUUGAAAGAAGUCGCUGUAAUAAUUAAAGAGUCAAUGGAAGAUGUGUGUCAACUUACCGUGCCAUUACCCGUAAAAGUGAGAGUUGGGCCAGCAUGGGGUGAUUUAACUGAUUAUAAAUUUUAAAAGUUUUAAUUAUUGUACUAGUUAUCUUCUUUUUUUUGUUCUAUAUUUCUAUUUUUAUAUAUUUUUGAUAAUUUAUUACGCUAAACUACGUAUGAAUCAUGUCAAUAUUUACAAGUAGAUGUUUUACAUAUAUUUAUUCUUUUCUAUUUAUAUAUUUAUGAAGAUUGUAAAUAUUCUUAAUUUCGAUUACUUCAAUUCCUCUGCAAUUUACAUUUUAUGUACACGAGGAACAGAAAGAAAUCAGGGUGUGAUAGCAAAAAUUGUAAGCAAUAUUUAUACAUAUAAUACGGAGAUUUAAAUAUUUUCUAAUUUUUAUAUAUUGAUAUUCUACUCCGAGCAUCUCCACAAGUUACAUGAUUAGUAAAAAAAUCUUUUAAAAAAUA